AGUUAAAAAAGGACUGUUUGGUAGGAAGAGUGUCCAGUGUGAUUGAAAUGAAAAUGAGGUGCUGUGUUUUUCUCUUUCUGCUCCUGCAGGUUUUGGGAGGUUUAGGCUUCCCUCUGUUCGAGCUCAGCUCAAAAGCAGAUGAUACUCUGCAGAUGGCGCUCAAUCAGAUUAAUGCACGCAUUGCCAGGAAUCACCUCUACAGAGUGUCCAAGGCAUCUGUAAAGAGGAUUGUUCCUCUGGGAACGAACACAUUUGAUCUGCAUCUGAGGUUUGGCAUCAGGGAGACGGAGUGUCAGAAGAGCUCUGGGGUCGAUCCUCAGGGCUGCAUGUACCGCAAAGGUUUUUUUGUGUCGGAGGCAGGGUGCUAUAUCAGAGCCAGAGUGAGUCAGGACAUCACUCGUAUCAUCUCUCUCAGAUGCACAAAGGCCGACAGCUCCAGCUCUGAGUCCAGUGAAGAGGGGGGGUUAGGAUUAUACUACGAUUUAAAUCAUUUUGGGACUAGAGACCGCACACAUUCAACUUCAGCACCAAGCAUUAUCAUGGCUCCACCAAUACGUGCGGGUCAUCAUGACAACACUGAAACCAACCAUGUUCGUGGAGACCAUUUCGACAAUCACCUGCCAUAUCACUGACCUGCUGGAUGAAAUCACAUGAAGACUCUUCAUACAAACAUUAAGGUGCUACAAACAAAGCGAAAUGAAACUACUGUACUAAGGGCCAAUAACUGCAGCCUCCACUGAAACAUGAAACUGAUUAUUCACUGUAUGUGAUAUGAAUACGAAUACCUGCUGGCAUUAACCUCCACAAGAAACCCAAUAAAAAACAGAAACAUG